ACAAGACACACAAAAUAAAAAGGCGGGCUCGGUCACGUGACCAGCGACGAUCACAUGACUCCGGCGUCACAGCUCACCGGAGCGUUUAUAGAAGUUUUUGUGAGGUGAUAUGGCGGGGAACGCUGCAGUGCUCCGGCCGUUUGAGAAGAUUCCUGCGCUGAAUGUCGCCACUGUCCUGUUGGUUGGUUCAGAGGAGAGUCAUCGGGAGCUCAUUGCCAAUGCGAUGCUGAAAGAGAGAACAGACUUUGCAGUAAAGAUCCACAUGACGACAGCCCUUCCUCUACCAUUUGAAAGAGAACACCUACGUCCACGGUUUGACAUGAUUGUGUUUUUAAUUAAUUUAAACAACCAGUACAGCAUGGCAAGUGUUACUUCUUCUAUUGCACUCCUGGAUGCCCAUUUUUUCCUUGGGAAGGUGUGUUUUCUAUCCACAAAAGGUAGGCAUGGGAAAAUUCAACAUUGUCUAGUGGAUAUAAGCACCGUAAAAGAUCUUGCCGACAAAUAUCUAAGUCCCUUAAUCCAGACAGAACUUGAAAAUGAAGACGAUGUCAUGUGUACAGCUAAGCGACUGCUCAACAUGUUGAAAAUCUGUGCUGGACUGGUGCCUGGUAUUUCUUCACUCUAUACAGGGACAAUAAGAAAAUAUGUAUGAUACAAGAACUUUAGGAGCUGACUGUUCACUUCCACCAUACAUAUUAACCUCACAUGUCAGUGAUUUUACUACUGUGCCUUGGUCAGUGUGUGUAUGUGUACAACUUUCUCCAGGCUUUUUUUAUAUUAUUGAUUUUAUUAAGGUUUCUCAUUUUAUUGAUGGCAUUUGGUUAGGAAUACUAUCUACUAAUUUCCUCCUUUUUAAAUCCUUGACCCAUUCAGUAUUCUGCAAUCAUUUUAUUUAUUAAUUCUAGAGGAGUUGCCAACAAAGGAAAAUUUGAACAAUAUUUUGGAGAUUUAAACUGUCCCAAAACAAAGUCUGUGAAGAUGACUGAAAUUAAGCUUUUAUUUUAAGACAGAUUUAAUAAAAGGUAUUCAACAAAGGACACGUGGAUAGGAGGUAUCUAGUGGGGGUCUAACAGCUGGGACCCCCACCUAUCAUGAGAACUGGAGUCUUAUGUUCCGCCUGGUUAAAAGUAGCAGCAGUUGGAUGUCAUUUAACACUAUAUGGCCCUGAUGAAGCUAGACUGUAGUGCUGCCUUCCUCAGGCUCAUAGGGAGGAGAUUUAUCAAAACCCGUCCAGAGGAAAGGUUGCUGAGUUCCCCAUAGCAACCAAUCAGAUCGCUUCUUUCAUUUUUCAAAGGCCAUUUCAAAAAUGAAAGUGAUGUGAUUGGUUGCUAUGGGCAACUCAGCAACUUUUCCUCUGGACGGGUUUUGAUAAAUCUCCCCAUAGAGUGGAGCAGCAGUUUGCUUGUCUGGCUGCCCCUUCAAACCAACUAGAGUGAACACAGAAACCCUGUUCUGGUGACUGGUGAUGGUCCCAGCAGUUGACCUUACUAAUCAGGCACUCAUUGUCUAUGUUGUGGAUAGGUGAAGAGUGUCCUUCAUGGGAAAAAAAACCUUUUUAGCUAACAGCUAGCAUGGUUAUGUAGCAUUGGUAAAAGUACCUAUAAUUAUCUUGUCCAUGGCCCCAAUAGCAGAAAAAAAAAAAUGUGUUUUUUUGCCCAUUUGAAAAGUCAGGAGCAUCCAUUGCCCCAUGCUAAAAUCCCCCUCCCUUCCACUUCCCUGGUGAAAAUCCAGCACAUGGGCUGUUAAUCCAUAUUCCAGUGCAUGUGUGGUAAGCUUAGUGGCAGCAGUAACAGCUUCACUAUCUCACCAAGCCUGCACUGGCAGUGCUCGGGAGCACAAGCUGUCAAUCAUAGGAGAGUUGUUGCAGCCUGGGGCACUGAAAUGUCUUUGACCCUUCAGACAGGCAAAAAGGCAUUUUUCUUUCUGUAAUGGGGACACAGACAAGCUAAUUCCAGGUACCUUUUACUCCUGUUGUUACCAUUCCUACAUAACCAUGCUAGCAGUUAUAUAGUGGAUCUCUGUGACAGAUUCCCUUUAUUGCUUCUUCUAAAUCUUAUCUUAUUUUAUCCAACCAUGUAACCUUACAAAUAUGUCACUAGACUCAAGAUCUUACACAAUGUUUGUCUGAUAUUUCACACAUUGAUCAUAGUACAUUUUACUACUUUUAUGCCAAAUAAAUGUAAUAACUUUUGUGUGUAUUUAAAUGAUUGUUCAUUACUAGUGUUAUUGUUUGAAAAGAAUAAAUUAUUCUGCUGA